GUAACAACACAUUUGAUGUUUCACACUGGUGUAGGCUAAUCUCGCUCUCCAUGGAAAUAUUGGCCCAGCUCACGGAACAGCUUGCUAAAUCAAUAACACCUGGAAAUAUUUAAUUUAAUAAUUUUGCAGCAAAUGGUGUUCAGAUUUUGAAAACAAAUAAAUAAAGCAGAGAAGUAGAAAUACUGACGUCGAUUGUGGAUGAUUUUGGAGCCUGUGUAAUCUAAAGCAGCCAUGGAUCCGGUUGUUGAAGUCGUUGCUUUAUUUCUUGGCUUUCUGAGUUGGAUAAUGGUUGGCAUCACAAUUCCGAACCGUUACUGGAAAGUAUCGUCGUUAGAUGGGACUGUGAUCACCACCUCAACCCUGUACGAGAAUCUGUGGAUGUCCUGCGCCACGGACUCGACGGGAGUGCACAACUGCCGCGAAUUCCCCUCUCUGCUCGCCCUGUCUGGUUAUAUCCAGGCGUCUCGCGCUCUGGUGAUCGCGGCAGUGGUGUGUGGCACGUUCGGAGUGGUGGCGGCCCUCAUCGGCAUUCAGUGUUCGAAGGCCGGCGGAGAGAACUACACACUGAAAGGCAGAAUCGCCGGUACCGGAGGCGUAUUUUUCCUGCUGCAGGGUUUGUGCACGAUGGUAUCAGUGUCCUGGUACGCUGCCAAUAUCACUCAAGAGUUCUUCAACCCGCUCUACCCUGGCCAAAAGUAUGAGAUUGGAGAGGCUUUAUACCUCGGCUGGGCCUCUGGUGUUCUCGCAAUCUGUGGUGGAGUUUGUCUCAUGUUCAGCUGCAAUUUAGGCUCAAAGGAGAAGACCGGUUACCCCUACCAGCCCACGCGAGAAACAGUUUACUCAGCGUCCACAUCCAGGAGAGAAGCUCAGAGCACUUAUGGAAGAAAUGCCUAUGUCUAAAUGAAGCAAUUCUGGUCAAUUUCAUGGCUAAACAUAACAUUUUAAAAUAAUAUGACAGUUGACUGUUAAUAUUCUGUCUGUGCAAUUAUGUAAAUAUUUAUACAGUACAAGACGUACUGGCAGUUUUGUGGCCACCUAAGAAUAAGCCUUACAGUAAUUCAUGUAAAUGUUACCAUAUCAGUUUUGCUGUGCAAAAACACCUUGGAGAACAUUAUACAGAAUGAAAGAGUUGAUUAUCUGUACAGGAAUUACACAAUGAAAUUGCUUCAGUUUUGUUUAGAAUUCUUUUGUCGCAGUUACAUGAAUCAAGGUAUAAUAAGAAGAAGAUUCAUAAUGUGUUGAUUAUCAUUUCUCAAUUUAUUUGUACAAAUGACCCUGUUAUAUAUGAUGUAUUUUAUACAAACAUUAAACAAACAUGACAUUAAAAAAGGCCA